AUGCAUGACGAACGCUCCUGCAUCUUCGAGACGCGCAUCGAGCGCGCUGAUCUCUGCCGCCAACGAGGCUCUGCGCAGUUUAAAUCUGGUGAUAUUGACAAGGCAGUGACGUGGUACCAGCGCGCGCUCUACCACGUGGACUUCGACGAGGGCACGUGGCAUUUCGAGUUCACAGCCAAAAACCGCUCAGAUGUGAACGUAGUGAGGCUCCCCGUGUAUCUGAACCUAGCAGCGUGUUAUCUGGUCCAAGGGGCUCCAAAGAAUGGAGAAAACGAUAAAGAACUGCUGUCCAAGGUCAUUGAGAAUGCCAAUCUGGCACUUGCCAUCGAUCCAGAGAACGACAAAGGGCUGUACCGUGCAGGACGCGCGUUCUUACUAACUGGAGAUCUGGCUGGAGCGAAGGAGAAACUGUCAAAAGCGGCGAAACACCAUCCCUCGGAUAGAAAUAUCCGUGACGCGCUGUCGACGUUGAAGGAGAAAUUGGCUGAGCAAAAGAAAGUGGAGAAAGAACGUUGGGGUGGGAGGUUGCUAGAUGAGAAGGAAGCCGAUAAGACGAAGAGUGUUUCCCAACAGCAGCAGAAAAAGCCCAGCGAGUCCACUAACGCGCUGUGGUGGUUCGCCAUCGUGUGUAUUGGUGUUGCGUUAGCGCUUGGUCAGCUCAGCUUCGUAGAGUAA